CCAACCGAGAAAAUAAACAAACCCCGAAACGGACCGCUGGGGCGCUCGAAGCCCCUCCCCUCUGCUCCGCCCUUACUCCCCCCUCCCGCCAGCCCCCAGGUCCAUCCAGCAUAGACCCAGGGGAGGGGCUGCUCUGCCACCGGUGAACUGGCCGUUCUCUCCCUCUCAGCCACGUGAAAUCUCGCUCACCUCGACCCACAUAGGGCUUUUCUGUGCCCCCUCCCCGCUUUCGCCGCCCCCCCCGACCCCCCGGCUCCACAGCUCAGCCUGCUCACGGCGCCCGGGACCCGUUAUACACCACCCCCUUCACCCCUCCGCGGCCCUGCUAAAAACGCCGCGGCGUCCGCAGAGCAAGCUGGGGAAUUGACUGGAGAGUCAUCUUUACAAUGGCUUCAGCUGUUAUCAGUUCUGUUCCCACUACUGCUUCUCGUUUCGCCCUCUUGCAAGUAGAUAGUGGCAGUGGUUCUGAUUCUGAGCCUGGGAAGGGCAGAGGUCGGAAUCCUGGAAAGUCCCAAACUUUGGGGAGCAAACCAACCACAAAUGAAAAGAAGAAAGAAAAAAGAAGAAAAAAGAAAGAACAGCAGCAGAGUGAAGCAAAUGAGCUUAGAAAUAUUGCUUUUAAGAAGAUUCCCCAGAAAUCCUCCCAGGUGGUUUGUAGCUCUCAACAUGAGCUUUCGCUGCCAAAUCCGGUACAGAAAGACUUGCAAGAAGAAAAUUGGCAAGAGUGGAGACAAAGAGAUGAACAGUUGACCUCUGAAAUGUUUGAAGCUGAUCUUGAAAAGGCAUUGUUGCUAAGCAAACUAGAAUAUGAAGAACACAAAAAGGAAUAUGAAAAUGUUGAAAAUGCUUCACCUCAGUCAAAAGGUAUGAAUAAAAAAGAAAAAAGAAAGAAUCAUCAGGGGAAAGACAAACCACUCACAGUGUCACUGAAAGACUUUCAGUCGGAAGCAAAUAUAGAUCACCUUAGUAAAAAAACUGAGGAAUUGAGUUCUUCUCAGACUUUAUCACAUGAUGGAGGAUUCUUCAAUAGACUGGAAGAUGAUGUUCAUAAAAUUCUUAUUAGAGAAAAGAGAAGAGAACAGCACACAGAAUAUAACGGAACAGAUAAUUGUACAGCCCAUGAACACAGCCAGGAGGUAUACUUGAAAGAUGGAAGAACUGAAAGACUAAAGUUGGAACUUGAAAGGAAAGAUGCUGAAAUUCAGAAGUUGAAAAAUAGCAUCACUCAGUGGGAGGCAAAAUAUAAAGAAGUAAAAGCAAGAAAUGCUCAGUUAUUGAAAAUGUUACAAGAAGGUGAAAUGAAAGAUAAAGCAGAAAUACUUCUUCAAGUUGAUGAAUCACAAAGUAUCAAAAAUGAGCUAACCUUACAGGUGACAUCACUUCAUGCUGCAUUAGAGCAAGAAAGAUCAAAAGUGAAGGCAUUACAAGCAGAGUUAACAAAAUAUCAGGGUGGCAGAAAAGGGAAAAGAAACUCCGAGUCUGACCAGUGUAGGUGAUCACAUUAGCCAUUGAGAUCAACAUUCUCACACACACACACACACACACACACACACACACACACACACGCACAAACUUUUCAGGGUUUUGAAAAAAUGUAUAUAUUUAAUGCUGUACAACUGCUGAACUAUGCAGUUUUUGUUGGGAAAAAAACUAAAAUGACUAAUUGAUUAACCAUCUAAAAAUAUUUCAUUUUUCUGUUGGUUUAAAGUGAAAAGUAGGAAAGUAGAAUUCCAGAAAAACUCAGUGAAUCAUUACUGUUUGCUGUCCAUGCUCAUCACUUUAGUUUUUCAUCAGUUAAUAAAAUUUACUCUUCCAUUUG